AUGGCUCCAAUGGAAAUUUAUUCUGGCCAAUCGACUUGGAGAACUGCAAAGAGCCAUAUCAAACCUAAUGAAGUCCCUCCAAGCGAAUCUUCAGACCCUGCAAACAAUGUGCAGGAGAUCUCGCGGCUCAUCCUUGAUAUCUUCCUCGCGUACGCUCUCAAUAAAUUUGAGUAUACAGAAGACCAUCUUGAGGGCUCUAAAAACGGUUUUCUUUCUGUCAUUGCUCGGUUUGUUAUCAAAGGAGAGCGUGUACAGGCUUGCCUUCCAGCUUUUCCCUUCAAGUCAUCCAAUAAAGUGUACAAGGUCCUCGGCAGCCUGCCAGACAAGGCAGAGGAGCUGGCUCUUGAACGAUUGAACACGUUGUGUCUGCGCGUUCAGGAAAUCUACGCUCCAGGCGCUGAGAUUGUUAUCGUCUCCGAUGGAAUUACCUAUAACGACCUACUGUGCAUUUCCGACCAGGAAACCUGGAUUUAUGGCGAAGCCCUACGUGAGAUCGUUGUUAAAAAAGACUUCAACAACAUCUUGUUCUCGAGAAUCAGAGACCUUCUCGACUUCCCGCUACCAGAGAAGUUGAACGAAAUUAUCUACGUGGCUAACUGUACCACAUUCCGUCGCUUGCUCUUGAAUAAGUACGGGGAUGACAACCUUGACAUCGACCAUCAAAUUGCCACUGAUCCAGAUGUCAAGUUGACAUAUCUUGGAUACAAACGAUUUUUGGAAUCUGACCUUCAAUACAUCUUCCCUCGAGGGAAAGGUCGUUCCGCACACAGCUACAAGCGGGAUUGCAAGUAUCUGGCCAAACAGAUGCUCAGAAGAGGAUAUGCAUUUGCAGCGGCAAUCCAGAAUGCCUUCCCCAGCCAUCUGCGACUUUCAAUUCAUGAGUCCGUUUGCGGUACCAAGCUACCUAUAAGUUUGCUAAACACAAAGACUGGUUUCACGACCCCAUGGCACUGCAGUGUAGCCCAAUUGGCAGAUGGGGAAUGGGUUAGUGGUCCCAUGGGUGAAUUUAGCCAAGAUGGCCGUCUUCAACUGGUUCACGUCGAUGGGAAGCCCAGUCACUACCAGGAAAUGUUACACCAUGAAGGCAGUCCCCCUAUCAGUGAGGAGAAUGCGAGCUAUCUCCAAUCUGCGAAGUCGAUCAAUAUCAACCAAUAUAAAAAUGGGGCUUUGCAAAUGGCACGACUUGAGUCAUCAUCCAGCGAAAUCUCGCUCUUUUCUGAGGGUAACAUGUCAGAAAGCGCUUCUACCACGCCAGAGAUUCCACCAAAUCGACUAUUCACGGCGGAAGAUAUUGUAUUAAAUGUCACUAUGGACAAGAGCCUUGGCAAUACGGCACUGGGAGAGGAGACGAAGAGUGCUCUGUCAAUACCCUAUGGCAGAAGACUUAUUCCUCAGAUAAUGGACAACAUUGCUGCUAUCGAACCAGGAAGGACAGUAUUUUCCCUCGCAACGCUUUCUAAUGGGUCCCUUGAGCUGGAACCUGUCACCGCCUUGCUUUUCGCCAGAGCAGUCAACAAAACUGCUUCUUGGCUUCGCCAUCAAAUUGGCAUUUCAAGCACAAUCCAACCCCUGGCCUACAUUGGACCACAUGAUCUGAGACAUAUCUUGUUGACUUAUGCAUGUGUGAAGGCGGGUUAUGCGGCUCUUUUCUUAUCCCCAAAGAAUAAUGUGGAUGCAGUUCUUGCAGUGCUCGAGGCAACGGGUUGUAUUAUCUGGGUCAAUGCAGUCGACGCCUCUCCGUCACCCAUGGUUGAAGAGGUUCUUGAAAGACGAUCAAUGACUUCUUUAGAGCUUCCUCUGCUGAGAGAGCUUCUUGAUGCCGAGUAUAGUGAAUCUUUCCCAUACACAAAGUCAUUUGAAGAGGCUAUCAACGAACCAUUCUGCUUCCUACAUACAUCAGGAAGUACUGGGCUACCUAAACCUAUUCCAUGGUCUCAUGGUUUGAUUGGAACUAUGGAUGCAGUCAGAUUACUACCACCAAUUGGUGAGAAUGCUGAUCUUGUUCCAUGGACCUCAGACUGGAACGAGCGAGAUAAGAUAUACUCUUCAUUUCCGAUGAGCCAUGGCGCUGGUAUUAUCAUGAAUAUCCUGAUGCCUGCAUUUUUCAACCUUCAUUGUAUUUUAGGGCCAGUUGGCGUUUUGCCAAAUCUCAAUCUUGUUGAGAGAUUGGCCAUGGAUGCGAAGAUUGAUAUUUGGAGUAUGGUCCCAUCUCUCGUCGAUGAGUUGGGCGAAACCCCCGACAUUUUGACAAAAUUACAGCUGAGCAAGUUUAUCUGUGCAUCCGGCGGUCCUAUCAGCCCCGUCAGCGCUGGCAAGGUGAAUGAGGUGGUGAGGGUGCUCAAUUUGACAGGUACCACCGAAGGCCUGUUCAUUGGCAAUUUAAAGACAUCACGGGAGGACUGGUUCUGGUUCUGCUUUCACCCUUACUCUGGCUUCGAGUUCAAAGAGCAUGAAGCGGAUACCUAUGAGCACUGGGUGCAUCGCAACGAGCAUUGGCCCCUCUUCCAAGGCAUCUUUCAUACUUUCCCAAAUGAGGAUUCGAUAAACUUCAAAGAUCUGUACAUGAAGCACCCUACCAAGCCCAACCUGUGGGCUUUUAGUGGCAGAAGUGAUGAUCUUGUUGUCUUGUCAAAUGGGUAUAAGAUAUCGCCACUGGAGACGGAGGCAUUUAUUACCACGCACCAAGCCAUCAAUGGAUGUCUUAUCUUUGGAACCGGAAAGCCUCAAGCCGGACUACUCAUUGAGCUGAAAGACCCGUCAAGCAAGCCAACUGCGCUCAUUGACAGUGUCUGGCAAAAGAUCGAGGAGGCAAAUUCUAUGUCUCGACACAAAAAUCAGUUACUGAAAGAGUUUGUCACUUUUACGCUACCUGACAAGCCCUUCCUCCGAACGGAUAAAGGCACCGUGAAAAGAGCAGCUACCUUGGCUUUGUAUGCAGACUACAUUGAGCGCUUCUACGGUUCUCGCAGCGAUAAUCUAGAUGAGACUAUUGAUCUUGAUCUGACCUCUGACAAUGCGGUGCAGGACUCGAUCCGUACAAUCCUCAGCUCUUCACUGCCUGAAGCCCAAGUCGCCCUUCCAAAUGCAGAUCUAUUUGCACUUGGACUUGACUCGCUCGGAGUCUUUGGAGCUGUCAAGACGAUUCGAGUAGUUUCAGGUCUAGGGGAGAAAAUAGCUCCUCGACAUAUUUACGCAAGUCCCACCAUCGCGGGCCUUGCCGCCACUGUCACUCGAUUAAUGAAUGGGCUACAAUGUAACAAUAUGAUCAGGCCAUUCGACAAGAUACGGGAUGAUACCUUGGGGAUGAACGCCAUGGUCGCCCAGCACAAGGCGCGCCAGUCGUUCCGCUUGAAUGCCUUCGACUACGUCAACCCCAACCACGGUAUGGGCAUCGUCCUCUACUUCCCUAUUCACAAGGAAAUGGCAUUCAAGCAAGUCUUUGAAAAUCUUCAACAGGGACUUAACCGAACAUUCGAUAUGAUCCCAGCUCUGAGUGGGAAAAUGAUGUACUGCUCGGAGCAGGAAAUCGGAUAUACUAAAGGAGACCUUUGCGUUACUAUCCCGCCACUUUCCAUGGCAGCUUCUGUCCAUAAUCGCCUUAACUGGCUUUCCCCCUCGGCCUUCAAAGAUGGUCUCGUCCUGCGGGACGAUCCAUUCCCUCAACUCCCUGCUGAUAUUUUCUCCGGUCAAGUGAACUUCGUCUCCGGUGGUUGUGUCGUGGCGAUUGACCUGAAUCACUGCUGCCUCGACGGACUGGGAGCCAUGGUCGUGCUGAAGGCUUGGGCAGAAAAUUGCAGAUAUUUGCAAGGUGAUCAAACUGCAACUUGCAGCUGGUACGACCCCGAAAGCUUCAAUCACAGCUUACCGGAGAUCAUUCAUGAGCAAGAAGGUUGGGCUCGACCGAUGGAGGAAAUUGACCCCGGAACGUGGGGAUUCUUGCCAUUUCUCCCACCUGACGGCAACAAAUGCAGAAAACGCGUUUCAGUUCACGACACCACAUCCACCACCAAGGGCCAUACACUACCUCCUGCCCCUGAAUUUGUUUUGCAUAAUAACUGGCCACUCCCCUGCGCUGAAAGAUGUCUCAAAACAACAACGUUCCUGAUUAGGCCCGAGAAGCUCGAGAAAAUGAAGUACGAUGUCAUGGCCGAUCCCGAAGCCAAAGGAGUCAUCACAUCAAUUAGUGACAUUGUGCAAGCCUUCCUGUGGAGAUCUGCUAUCAGAGUACGAUAUCAGGUUGCCAAGCAGAUUCGAAAACAGACCUUCAGGUCUGACGAGAUGUCCAUUCUUGAGCUACCAACCGAUGCCCGGCCGUUCUUCUCUUCCGUAUUGCCCUCAACGUAUAUGGGAAGUAUGCUCAUUAUCAACCGAUCUACCAUGCCUAUCGAGAAACUCUGUUCUGAUGAGACUAGUAUUGGCCGCGUCGCUUAUUUGCUCCGUCAGUCUGCUGCGCGCGUCACCACUUCAGUUGUGCACGACGCGUUUUCAAUCUUACAGUCUUUGCCAGACUAUAGCCGAUUCUCUACCGCUAACAUGGGCAUUGAGCACAUGCACGCUAUGAUAUCCAACAUGAUGCUCUUCCCGACAGAUGAAGUCUGCUUUGGAAACGCGUUUUUUGCAAACCGAGGACAGCCGGAAUGUUUGAGGCCACAGCUUGAGCGCGGAAAUGGGCGAUUCCGAUUUCUGGUAGUACUUCCCAUCAGGAAAGAUGGGGGCGUUGAGCUUGUUUUAGGCACUCACCCAGAGGAGUUGGACGUGUUCCUGGCGGAUGAAAGUUUCACGAAGUACGCAACACUUGUAGAUACGUGUUCUUGA